AUUUCGUAAAGACAUUUUCCAAGCCUCUCCUUUCCAGAGAUCGUCACCCAAAAUCUUCAAAGCUUCCGUCCUAGAGUUACCACCGCCACCUCCAUCACCGGCAUCGGCGCCUCUCUCUCUUUGCGGCGACAACUCAGAAAUACCUUCGCCUCUAAGGCUGACUGGUGGGGAGAUUUGGGUUCUCUUCCGAACAAAAUCUGAAUAGAGAGAAUAAAUAUUUUUUAAUUGAAUCAGUAAUAGAUGGGUAAUUUAUUGGCAAAGAAACCCAAGAUCACUGAAGUUGAUCGAGCAAUUCUCUCAUUAAAGACUCAGAGACGCAAGCUUGGUCAAUACCAGCAACAGCUUGAGGCUGUUAUAGAAGCAGAAAAGCAAGCUGCUAAAGACUUGAUUCGUGAAAAGAGAAAGGAUAGAGCUUUGUUAGCGUUGAAAAAGAAGAAAGCUCAAGAAGAUCUAUUGAAGCAAGUUGAUACGUGGCUUAUUAAUGUUGAGCAGCAAUUGGCAGAUAUUGAACUAGCAAGCAAGCAAAAAGCAGUCUUUGAUAGCUUGAAAGCAGGUAACAAUGCAAUUAAGGCGAUACAGAGUGAAAUCAACAUAGAUGAUGUGCAGAAGUUAAUGGACGAUACAGAAGAAGCUAAAGCUUACCAAGAUGAAAUUAAUGCCAUCUUGGGGGAGAAAUUAUCAGCAGAAGACGAAGAGGAAAUUUUGGCAGAAUUUGAGGACUUGGAAACUCAGAUGGCUGUUCAAGACAUGCCAGAAGUGCCUACUAGAACUGAAUCUGGAGAACAUAAGUUGGAUCUUCCCAAUGUGCCGACCAAGAAACCAAUCGCUCUAGAUGCGGCUAGAGACGAUGCUGAAAUUGCAUCAGAGGAUAUUUCCACAAAAGGAAGAGUUAUGGAGGAACCCCUACCUGCAUGAUUAAGAAAACGACGUGGCUGUUUCAUGAUAAGCAGCUUCCCGUUAUUAAUGACCAUCUCCUGGAUAUUUCAUGAUUUUUUUUUUUAUUUUAAAAAUUAUGCUUUAGUGAUUAUUUUAUGAUUUAGAUGUUGAAUUUUUUGGGUUACCAAACCCGGCAAGGAUCAUUUGUGAGAUAUACGUAUGUGCGUGUGUUCUAUUUGUGCCGAAUUCGACACAAGAAUAUUAUACAUCAGUACUAUGGGACAUUAUAUUUAUUUCAUACA